CGACUACUCUGCGAAUUCUCCGACAACAACAAAUUCUGGUUCCCGCGCAAAACAAACUCGUAAAGGUGGAAAUAGACGAGGAAUAAAUGGGAGCAAGGAAAAGGCAGCUGGGCUAGUUGGAAAUAUAAGCAUACUCUAAACAGGACUGCAUCCCCUUACCUGAAAAGCGAGAGAAACGGAUUGUAAAAGAUAGAAGGGCAGAGAGAGUCAUGGGAAUCUCCCUGCAAAUGCUUGCACUUUGGGUGUCAGUGUGUGUGUAAAUGGAUUCCAGGUAGCAAUUGUAUUGGAUUCCAUUGUUUCUUUUGGAGAAGCCGCAGGAGUCGACGGACUGGUAGGAGCCGAAGAAAAACUACCCCUACUGCAGGCCGCUUUUCGCAUUGUGCCGCCAAAUUUACGGCACAGUUGACGCUGACCCUCCAAGGAUUCAACAUGGAUAAUAACUUUGAACGUAUUGUGAGCGCCACAGGUCACGGAGAUCCGAAGUGGAGCAGACCCUUGUAUUUAAAUGCGUGGUCCCAAACCAGCAGCGAUGAUUUUGAGCUGCUCAAGACCAUUUCUUCGGUGGAUACAAAUGUGGAAGCCGAGAACCGAACACUUCGUGAAAAGGUACGCUACUUGGAGGCUAAACUACAGCAGCACACAGACCUAUUGUCACAGAUUCAUGCAACAUCCGCCAGGAUGCAGCAUGGAUCCUCGUUGAUAACGGACACGUCGCCUCCCACACCGCCCACGGUUUCAAAUCCUCAGAUCCUGACCCCGCCCAGCUCGGUGAUAUGUGCACCCGUUAUUCCCAAUACCACUACGGUUGACUACAAGAUUAUAUCAUCUACCAAUGACGCUGACGCAAUAGAGAUUCGAUUGGCGGCGGAAAGUUUGAACAGCCUCAGCACCUCGGCGGAUUCCGAUCGUCUGGAGAUAUGCUUGGAGGAAAAUCAACAGCAACCUAAUCAGAAUGGUUCUGUAAAAAGGGAGCACAACUCCACACCAUUGCAGUUCAUAAAGCGGCGUAAACUUCAGGAGAUUCAAGUGUGUGAUACCAAUGAAGAAAAACCGCGUCAAAACAUUAAAUUGCCCGCAAAACCCCUGGCUAACAGAAAAGUCCAUAACGGCAGCCUUACGGAUCUCAGCAAACCCAUGGAAAAUGUAAUGGUUUCCAUAGGGCCGAAUAACACUUGUGUGCCCGCCGUUGUGUUCGAGAACAUCAAUUGGUCGGUUUCCUCACUUGCAACUCGAAAACUUUUGGUAUCGAUAUUUGAUCGGGAAACCUUGGCCACUCACUCAAUGACCGGAAAACCGUCUCCCGCAUUUAAGGAUCAGCAUAAGCCGCUAAAACAGAUGCUGGAUCCUCUUAAGAUCCAGGACAUCAUCUUUGCAGUAACUCACAAGUGCAAUGCCACCGAGAAGGAGGUGCGUAAUGCCAUCACAACAAAAUGUGCAGAUGAGAACAAGAUGAUGAAAAUCCAGAACGGGAAGCGGAGGAGCAGUGGGGUCAAACACGAAAAAGAGAACAUGAUAUAGAAUUUAGUCCUAUUAUUGAUAUUAAUUGUAUUUUUAUUUAAUUAAAUAUUAUUUUAACCUAGACACUUGUGAACCAAAAAAUAAGAAAAUUCAUUAAAAAUAUAUCUUAAUAUAAACAGUAUAAUAGGAUUAUAAACUAUGUACAUCGAAAUGAAAUGUAGAGUUUGAAGAUCUCGGAAGAAGCUUUUCCAAUCCGAACCAAUAAAAGUGUUAUAUUACUUUUGA